GGCUGUAUGGGGGAAGUGCGGGCCAGCCAAUCAGGAGGCGACUUUCUUGAACUGCUGGAACAUCUGCCUGGGCUCGAUGUGCUGCUCCUUGUAAUCCGCUGCUGCCAGUCAUCCGGGAGGCAGGUUCCAAUGGGAGCACAUUAGGCAAGUGCACGCAGCCGGGUCAUACACCAUGUCAUCAUGCGUGUCCAAGAGGACUUCUUCUGAGAGGUCCAUACUGCAAGAUGACCAUGAAACGACAAAUCAGCCUCACAUUGUUUGUAGCUUUUCAGCACUGAGUUUAGACCUAGGAAUGGAAUCCGUUAUCGUGGUUACAGAAUAUGAGUCCAGCAUAUCAGAAAGGGAGCAUGGCCAGAAUGGACAGACAGAUUAUCAGGAUGGGGGGCUCAAAGAGAGCUGUACAGAAGAACCAGAUAUUCAUAGACUUACUGAAAGUGGUUGUAUGAAAAGUGACAUUGACGGGCUUCCAAAUGACAGUAAAGACCAGAGAGCAAAUCUCAACAUGACCAACAGAAAACUUUCACUUCAAGAACGUUCCCAUGCUGCUCAGUCUCCAACUGAUAACUUGGACACGAAUGGACGAUACAUUUACCCAUCUCUUCCAUAUUCUCCUGUAACGUCACCGCAGUCUUCUCCACGUUUGCCACGGAGACCGACAAUAGAGUCUCACCGUGUUAACAUUACGGGUUUCCAGGACUGUGUCCAGCUCAACCAGUACAAGCUAAAAGAUGAAAUUGGAAAGGGCUCCUACGGCGUGGUGAAGCUGGCAUAUAAUGAAGAUGAUAACACAUACUAUGCAAUGAAGGUUCUUUCCAAGAAGAAAUUAAUGAGGCAAGCUGGAUUUCCACGUCGCCCACCUCCCAGAGGAGCAAAAACAGUCAAUGACAGCUCUCAGAUCAAAGGUCCUAUCGAAAGAGUUUACCAGGAAAUAGCUAUCCUGAAGAAGUUGGAUCAUCCAAAUGUUGUUAAGUUGGUUGAGGUACUGGAUGACCCCAGUGAGGACCAUCUGUAUAUGGUGUUUGAACUAGUGAAGCGAGGGGCAGUGAUGGAUAUACCAACUACGAAACCACUUACAGGGGACCAGGCCAGGUUCUACUUCCAGGAUCUAAUUAGAGGAAUUGAGUUCUUGCAUUAUCAGAAGAUUAUACACCGGGAUGUCAAGCCGUCCAAUCUUUUAGUGGGGGAAGAUGGACACAUCAAGAUUGCUGACUUUGGGGUCAGCAAUCAGUUUGAAGGAACAGAUGCUUUACUGUCUAACACAGUGGGAACACCAGCCUUCAUGGCUCCUGAGACCCUGUCGGAGACACGCAGAAUAUUUUCUGGAAAGGCUCUGGAUGUUUGGGCAAUGGGAGUCACCCUGUACUGUUUUGUGUUUGGCCAGUGCCCAUUUAUGGAUGAGAGGAUUUUAUCACUUCACAGCAAGAUAAAGAAUCAGCCACUGGAAUUUCCAGACCAGCCAGAAAUAUCGGAAGACCUAAGAGAUCUAAUUGUGAAGAUGCUAGAUAAAACCCCAGAAUCUAGGAUUAGUGUACCUGAUAUAAAGAUGCACCCAUGGGUCACCAAGCAUGGCGCAGAGCCUCUGCCAAGUGAGGAUGAGAACUGCACUCUGAUAGAGGUCACUGAGGAAGAAGUAGAGAACUCAGUGAAGCAUAUCCCGAGCUUGGCUACAGUGAUAUUGGUGAAAACAAUGCUUCGGAAGCGAUCUUUUGGAAAUCCGUUUGACGGAAGCAAAAAAGAAGAGAGAUCCUUGUCCUCCCCUGGAAAUUUACAAACGAUCCAAGGCAACGAUGAAAGCUUGAGGGAGAGCGAAUUACAAGAGGUUGGAGAGGAUGAAGUCCUUUCCUGAGGAUCUCUGAGCAGAGAUGCUGUGGUUUGGGAUUACCAUCGGUGACAGACGUGUGUACACGCCAUGUAUAAAAUGAAAUGUGCAUGCUAUGUGCUCAAGAACACCUUAUGUUGCUGCAUGCGCUCAUGACCUUAAUGUCCUGCCUUGGGUUGAUAACUUGUUUUAUGGGCUCACUCUUCCAGGUGACUGCUGGUUACUGAUCCAGAGACGGUGCUUUUAUUGUAGAUAUUGC